AUGCAGCUGCUUGUGAUCUCUCUUAUUCGACACCAAAACUUCUUGCAUUUGUUUCGAUUUUCUAUCUACAGAGGUUGGACAGUGAUGGCGAGGAAGAAGAUCCGAGAGUAUGAUUCCAAGAGAUUGUUGAAAGAGCAAUUCAAGAGGAUCUCCGGGUCGGAUCUGGAAAUCAAAUCUGCGCAAGUUACUGAGUCUACGGACUUCAAUGAACUAGCAGACAAAGAACCGUGGCUCUCAUCAACAAGACUUGUUGUGAAGCCAGACAUGUUGUUUGGAAAGCGUGGGAAGAGUGGUCUUGUGGCCUUAAACCUCGAUUUGGCUGGAGUUGCUGCCUUUGUGAAAGAGAAACUUGGCAAAGAGGUCGAGAUGGGAGGAUGCAAAGGACCCAUAACGACUUUCAUUGUCGAACCAUUUGUACCACACAAUGAUGAAUUUUACCUUAACAUUGUGUCCGAAAGGCUCGGUUGUAGUAUAAGCUUUUCCGAGUGUGGAGGUAUUGAGAUCGAAGAGAACUGGGACAAGGUGAAGACGAUAUUUGUACCAACAAAUGCAUCUCUUACACCAGAGCUAUGUGCUCCACUUGUGGCUACCCUAUCCUUGGAGAUUAAGGGUGUUAUUGAGGAGUUCAUCAAGUCCGUUUAUGCUUUAUUUUUAGAUUUGGACUUCACUUUUAUUGAGAUGAAUCCCUUCACAUUGGUCGAUGGAAAGCCUUAUCCUCUGGACAUGAGAGGCGAGCUAGACGAUACUGCUGCUUUCAAAAACUUCAAAAAAUGGGGAAAUAUCGAAUUUCCAAUGCCGUUUGGAAGGACUAUGAGUCCUACCGAAAGCUUCAUUCACGGACUAGACGAGAAGACGAGUGCAUCUCUGAAGUUCACUGUACUGAAUCCGAAAGGACGAAUUUGGACAAUGGUUGCUGGAGGAGGCGCAAGUGUUAUAUAUGCAGAUACUGUUGGAGACCUUGGCUAUGCGUAUGAGCUCGGAAACUACGCGGAAUACAGUGGGGCCCCCAAGGAGGAGGAGGUUUUGCAAUAUGCUCGAGUCGUUAUUGAUUGCGCAACUGCUGAGCCCGAUGGCCAAAAGAGAGCCCUUGUGAUUGGUGGUGGCAUAGCUAACUUCACUGACGUGGCUGCUACUUUCAGUGGCAUCAUUCAAGCCCUCCGAGAAAAGGAGACCAAACUCAAGGCUGCAAGAAUGCAUCUUUUCGUUAGAAGGGGUGGUCCAAAUUAUCAAAAGGGCCUUGCCCGGAUGAGAGAUCUUGCUGAAGAAAUCGGCCUUCCUAUUGAGGUGUAUGGACCAGAAGCAACAAUGACUGGGAUCUGCAAACAAGCAAUUGAGUGUAUUAGUGCAGCUGCAUGA